AUGAUCCGCGGCACGCACGGCCCCAUGCAGACGUUGCUGGAUUGGCGCACGUACGGGUUGAAGGUGCAUUAUAACACCACCGCGCCAGGGCAUGUGGGAUGGAUAGGCAGCGACGAGUUAUUAUACAAGGACGUGCAUUUCACCAUGGGCGCGUUCCGCGGCUUCAUUCAUGGCUUGGUGGGAUCGGCGCGCGAGCUACUGCGGGAGGUAUUAUAUAUAUCCGCGCCCGCCACAACCGCCACUAAUACCACCACCACCACCACCAGCAACACCAAUUUCCCCCCCAUCCCAUGGUCCAGAUUGUACGACGACCCCACGCAGGGCCAGAAGGGGUGGUGUUUUUUACAGGAUACCCGCACGCGGUGGCCCGUAGAUGGGAAACAGUGGUUGAUGCAGCGGCUGCGCAGCGAGCCGGCCAUGCAGCGCCAGUUUAUGCGCCGCGGCCAGGUGCAGGCCCAGCUGGUGGCCCAGUAUUUAAGCCGCGUGGCCCGGUUCAAGGAGAAGCUGGCGGUGGCCAUCCACAUCACUGGUGGGCAGCCCGCGCGGGCGCCCGAGCUGUUGAGCAUCCAGCACGUUAACACGCAGGCCAGCCGGCACCGCAACAUAUUCAUCGAGGAUGGGCUGGUGACGGCAGUGACGGCGUACCACAAGGGGUUCCACGCGAGCAACGACAUCAAGCUGAUCCACCAGUACAUGCCGCGGGCGGUAGGGGAGUUGGUCGUGUGGUACAUGUGGUUAGUGUUGCCGUUCACGGAGCAGUUGACCGCGUGGCAGGCGGCGCAGCAGCAGCAGCAGGCAGCAGCCCAGCCAGCAGGCCAGCCAGCGGGCAGGGGAUUAGGGUUAGGGUUAGAUGGGGGUAGGGAGGAUGCCCAAGCUCGCGCGCCCAGGGUAGGGUUAGCCGCCCGCCCAUCCAGCCAACCCACAGGCGCCGCGGUGGCAGGAUCAGGGUUAGGGUUAGGGUUAGCCAGCCCGUAUUUAUGGGGCCCCGAUGCGGGCACGCAGCGCGCGUGGACGUCCGACUGGUUCCGCGAGGUGUUGAAGCGCGAGACGCAGGCGUGGUUAGGCCAGGCAUUAAACAUCCCCGCGUACCGGGACAUCGCCAUUGGGAUCAGCCGGCGGUUCAUGCGCGGGGCCAGCGCGUUCAGAAGCGACGCCCACGACGAGAAGGAGCAGCCGGCCGCGGCGGAGUUAUUCAAUGCCGAUCACGAGGAGGGGAUGGACGCGGAGCAGUGGAUGGCGCACAUCGCGGAUUUACAGGCGGCGCAUUCGUCGCACGUGGCCAGCAUGGUUCAACCCGCAGGAAACGGGGCCCGCGCCCCAAGCGGUUCCCAAGCAGUUGGGUUUAGCCAGGACGACGGUAGUCAACCCGCAGGAAACAGGGCCCGCGCCCCAAGCGGUUUGCAACCAUGGUUAGUCCCCACGGACGAGGCAGCUGGCGCCCCAGGCCAUUUACAACCAUGGUUGCAAACCCCGCGCGCGCCCAGCCCAGACCACCACCGCCAUCCCACCGCCACCGAUAUUAGGGUUAGGGUUAGCCAUGCUAGGGAUGAUAGUCAGCCCCAACCCGCAGGCAGCGGGGCCCGCGCCCCAAGCGGUUCGCAAGCAGUUGGGGUUAGCCCCGGCCAGCCCAGCGGCCAUGCAGACGUUAGGGUUAGGGUUCGCCCGGCCACCACCAUGACGUUGGGCAAGCGCAAGCGCGCGCCAUGGCAGGCCGAGGCCAAGGAGCACCAGUGGGAGCGCCAGCAGCAGUUGCAGGCCAUGGACAUGACCACGGCGAUGCAGCAGAUGACCGGCCAGGCCCGCAUGCAGUUCCGCGGCGUGCAGGCCAGCGCCAUGGCCGCCAUCCAGCAGGGCCGCAGCCCGGUGGUGGCCAUCAUGCCCACGGGGGGUGGCAAAAGCAUGUUGUUCAUGUUACCCGCGUGGGCCGUGCCCGGCGGCACCACCAUCGUGGUGGUCCCGUUGAUAUCGUUGCGCCAGGACAUGGCGCGGCGGUGCCGGUAG